AUGUCGACUGACGAGGAAACACCACCUUCAUCAUCUCUGGCAAAGAAGACGACUUCGACCCUUCUCGAUGGCAACCACACUUUCCCCGCAUUAUACGUCUGUUAUCUUCUCAGAUCCAAAGCAUCUCCCCAGUCGAAUCGUACCUAUGUCGGCUCCACUCCCGAUCCACCCAGGCGCAUCCGGCAGCAUAAUGGCGAAUUGAAGCAAGGCGCCUGGGCUACGUCCAAAUUCAGACCAUGGGAAAUGCAAAUGAUUGUAUAUGGGCAAUUUGAAUGGGCGUGGCAAAAGCCAGAGCUAUCGCGUCAUUUGCGUCUUCAAAGUGCAGAAUCAAGGAAAGAGACAGUGCCCAUAUUUUCAAAGGACACCAAACGGAACUGGGUUGAGAGAAAGAUAUGUGUGGCGUAUGCCCUUUUGGCUCUUCCCCCCUUCUCCCGACUGCCUCUGCAUAUCCGAUUCUUCGUCACUGAAGCCAAGGACAUGUAUGAGUCCAUCCAUCAUACUGUUCUCGCUCAUGAACCACUUCCCAAAACUCGCAAGAAACCUGUGAAUCCUCUACAUCUCAUUCCCCAGGCUGUGAACCCUUCUGUGACGACCAUGUUGGAUCUGGGCGGCGUUUCGGGUGCAACAGGGAAGAGGAGGGAAAGUACGCGGGGUGUGCAGAGCAGAGAUGGGCCGAUCGAUGUGAAGGACACAGAGUUUCGGCAAGGUCGGCGGGUGUGGGGGAAAUGGGAAGAGGUUAGAGAGCGGAUCGCUCUAGAUGAAGAUGUGGCAAGGUGUUGUCGUUGUGAAAAGAUGGUCGAUUGUCACGACCAAUUGUCCUUUGCGCUUUGCCCUAGUGACCGUUUGGAACCUUGUCUCUGUAUCACACACCUGCAGUGUCUUGCGGAGCACCUGCUUCAAGAUUCGCCCUCUCGGAGCAGUCUCUUACCACACCGGGGCUCAUGCCCUUGUUGUCUAGAAGAGAUCGAGUGGGGCGAAGUCAUCCGAGCGUGCUAUGGCCGGAGAGAUGGCAUCGAGCGAGAGAUGCAAAAGCAAAAGCCGAAAGCACACAAUGAGCGGAAUAACAAACCCAAAGCGGACAGCGAGUCGGAGACAGAUACGACAAAUUCACUGGGGACAGGGUCGGGUCUUGAUUCGACACCCAGUCUCAACCGACGCCAAGGACAGCGAGUGCAGAGGAAAAAGGUAGUACGGAAGGCGCCACCUCCGAGGGGGAAAUCUGCCAAGUCAGCCAUAUCGCAAGUGACGUGCUCAAGUGAGGAAUCUAGUGGUGAAGCCGAGUGGGAGGGGUUUGAACGAGAGAUGAUGGCUCUCAAUUAG